AUGUUUUUUAUUUUGACAUUCGUGUUUAGUGUAGCGAGCGCCGGUGUUUUAAAUAGCGGUGUAUUUAGAUUAGAUAUAGUGCAUUAUAAUGAUUUUCAUGCUAGAUUCGAAGAAACCACAGUAGAUUAUCCAAUAUGUACGACGAAUGACACCAACUGUCUUGGUGGUUACGCACGACUCUACCAUGAGAUUAAGACCCUGCUGAAGGAAAAACCAGGAGCUCUACUCCUCAACGCCGGAGACACAUUUCAGGGGACAUACUGGUACACUCUUCUAAAAUGGAACAUUACCCAGAAAUUCAUAAAUUUGCUGCCCAACGAUGUUCACACAGUAGGUAAUCACGAAUUCGAUGAUGGGAUAGCUGGCAUAGCACCUUACUUGAAGGAACUGCGAGCACCCGUCGUUGUCGCCAACAUAGACACAAGCCAGGAACCAGCAUUGAAAGAUCUUUAUCAACCCCACACGGUACUAGAAAGGGGGGGAAGGAAAAUAGGGAUCAUUGGAUUAAUCACCACUGAGACUCAAACGUCAUCAAAUCCGGGGAGGGUGAAAUUUUUAGACCCAGUAGAAGCAGCGAAGCGCGAAGCGGAGAUAUUAACGAAUAAAAGAGUCGAUAUAAUCAUUCUUUUGUCUCAUUGCGGCCUUGAUGUUGACAAGUUAAUUGCAAAAGAGGUCGGCGAGAAUAUAGACAUAAUUGUCGGUGGCCACUCGCACAGUCUACUUUGGAAUGGGGAAUCCCCCAGUCACGAAGAGAUAUCUGGCCCUUAUCCAGUAAUAGUAGAAUCGGAAAAACGACCAGGUCAUAAGAUACCUAUUGUGACAGCAUCAGCGUUUACAAAAUACGUUGGUAAUCUAACAACUUACUUCAACAGAAAUGGAGAUUUGAUUCAUUUCGAUGGAGAACCUGUUUUUCUAAAUAGAUCUAUUCCUGAAGACCCAGAGAUUAAGGCUUUACUGAAACCGUACCAAGACGAGCUCCAUGCUAUAGUCAAAGAAGUGAUAGGAGAAGCGAAAGAUGAUCUUAUAAUGACAGAAUGCGGAUCCGGUGAAUGUGCUAUCGGGGAUAUUUUUGCUGAUGCUGUUUUGGAUGCUGCGAAGGAGAUGAAAUUUAGCAAUUUGACUAACAUCGCUUUUCUACUUAGAAACACUAUAAGGGGAUCUAUUUCAAAAGGCGACAUUUCAAGAGGUGGACUUAUCAACACCUUACCAUUUACAAAUGACAUGGUAUCUUUUAUCGUUCGAGGAGAACAUCUCAUAGAAGCAUUUAAGAUCACCACCUCUAAUGCAUGGGUGCGGAAGCCGUUUCAAGGUCCUUGGUUGCCACAAGUCGCUGGUGUAAAGCUAAAAAUAAAUUUAACAAAUGAAACUCCAAUUGUCGAAGUGUAUGUAAAAGACGAUGACUUCAAACCCUUAGAUCCUCAAGGGGAAUAUCAGGUUUCCACCAUCAGUUUCGUUCUGAAAGAGGGGGGAACAUUUGAUGUAUUAAGAAGAAAUGGUCGAGACUUCAAAGUAAUAGGCAAAGAUGUAGAUGUUGUUGAAAAGUAUAUUAAAAAAAUAUCUCCCAUUAGACCGCUUCUAGACAACAGACUCACUGUUAUAAAUUAA